AUGUCUGAUUUAGACAAAUCGGAACAGCUUGCAGCACCUAAGCGUUAUUUUAGUGUACAUUAUUUAUUGCUUAGAUUCCUUGGUUUGGGAUGGUGGCAUCAUCCCGAUGAAGGUGACACUCAUAAUUUCCCCGGACUAUAUAUUUACUAUGUAAUAAUAACUGAAGUAGUCUGGGUAGCUGGAUUUGUCGGUCUGGAAACUAUCGACCCGUUUGUGGGGCAAAAGGAUAUAGAUCGCUUCAUGUUUAGUCUUUCCUUUGUUAUCACACAUGAUCUGACUCUCAUAAAACUGUACAUAUUCUUCUUCAAAAAUAACGAAAUUCAAAAUAUAGUGCAUACCCUGGAGAUAGGUUUACAGAGUUUUUAUCAAAACAACGAAAAGAUUCGUCAAACAAUCAGGAUAACGCGAAUACUAACCGCAACGUUUCUUAUCUUCGGAUGGAUUACUAUUGGGAAUAGUAACGUGUACGGUAUCGUUCAGGACAUUGUUUGGAAGACCGAAGUUGCGAAGUUAAACGAUACUUCCUUUAAGCCCCCACGGACUCUUCCACAGCCGAUUUACAUUCCAUGGAACUACCAAAGCGACAAGUCUUACAUCUCGACUUUCCUUUUAGAAACAGUAGGCCUACUUUGGACUGGUCAUAUCGUAAUGACCAUCGACACAUUUAUCGGUUCUGUCAUACUACAUAUGAGCUCUCAAUUCGAGAUACUGCAGGAGGCAAUAAUUACUGUCUACGAACGCACAAUUGAACAUUUAACCAAAGUAAUCAAAUGUGACAACGAUGACAUAGAUAUGAUUGACGAUUCUCAUAACACGGAUAUUGAAUGUUGUUACGAAAGAAUUGUGAGAACAUAUUGCACCGAGCAAGAAAUUGAGAACGCGUUAGAAAACACGUUGAAGAGUUGUUUACGUCAACAUCAAUCGCUGAUCAGUUGUGUUGAGAAAUUCGCGUCAACUUAUUCCUACGGCUUUAUGACUCAACUCCUCUCAAGCAUGGCUGCGAUUUGCGUGGUAAUGGUGCAAGUUUCGCAAGACGCUUCCAGUUUUAAGUCAAUCCGCUUAGUGACUUCGCUUGCCUUCUUCGUUGCUAUGAUCAUACAACUCGCUAUACAAUGUUUCACUGGUAACGAACUAACUUAUCAGGCUAGUCGGGUGUCCGACGCGAUUAUGCAGUGCAAGUGGGAGCGAAUGCCGCCUCGCUUUCGCAGACUCCUUAUGCUCAUGAUGAUGCGAGCGCAGCGCCCUCUAAAGUUGACAGCCGCCGGUUUCGCUAACAUGGACAAUCGCUGCUUUCUAGCGAUAAUGAAAGCAGCUUAUUCAUAUUAUGCAGUGCUAAGUCAAAAACAAGUUUAAUAUUUAGAUAAAGAUAUGUAGUAAUAAAUAAAACAUUUAUUAUAUUAAAUAUUCAA